AUGGGUUCUUAUGUAUGGAGGGGUAUUCAGCCCCACGAUGCACCAGGCUCUCUACAUUUACCCGGCGGGACGGCUAUCCUACAGCCAAGCACUUUGCAGUUGGAUCCAAGAGGGUCAUCCGACUUAGUAUUGCUCAAUGGCGGUACAGUCUUGUCCGCGAAGGAUGAAGAGAAUGAUGAAAGUUCGGCGUGGUGUUUAGCCGUCAAUUCUUCCGCUGGACAAGCGCGUUCAUUUUGGUGCUAA